AUGGUUGCUCGUGACAAGAAGCCACUUAGUCUCUUCGAUUGGAAGAUUUGGAGCAUGGCCAAACCUCGGCUCUGGCGGUAUGGUGACGCUUCGAAUCUGUUUGACCGCGAAGAACCUCUGUCGACUGCAGAAUGGACGGCGUGUAUGCUACGGCGUGAGGAGAUGGUGUAUUCUCUGGACAGUGAUGAGACUCCAUACACGGCCCCUGUCAAGAAUCGAUUUACAGGAGAUUGGGUGGCUUUGCACAUGAUGUCAACCAUUUGUCGUCUGACCGAUCAACGCAAUGCUUCGUACAACUUUUUGAAAAAUGGUGGUAUGGCUUUCGCGAAGAACCUGCAAGAGUUGCGAGCAUCAGAUUUAGCACUUGCUGCCAGAGUGGUUGAACCAACGUGGGGUGACUCUCUGCAGCAAGUGCUGAAGAAUGAUGCUGUGCCUCGGAAGGUCAAAGCUUGCUUCGAGGCGAUGCAGGCUGCGUCCGCCAAUGUUGUCGGCACAGAUGGACAUCGUAGACAUUGUCGCCACGAAGGGUGGGCUUACAUGGAGAUGUUUGGUCCUCCGUUGGUUUUCUUGACGCCGAAUAUUGCAGACACUCAGCAUCCUUUGCUCUUGGUCAUUCAAGGAGAAACAGUGGAUCUGGGCGGAGUGGCAGCUGACAUGCCAGAGACGCUGCCGAAGUACCGGGAUAUGAUGCGGCGCCUUGCCCAAGAUCCGGUCGCCCAGACUCUGCAAUUCGAGUUUCUGAUGCGUUUGUUCCUGCAGCACGUGCUGAACUUUCGCCCCGAGACGUUGGAUUGUCGUCGCGGCGGUGUGCGCGCGUUUGCGCGAGAGUGGUGCAGCGAUGGGGCGGCCGCUGCAUCCACGGGCGCCGGCAUGUUGGGCCCGGUCGCCGCUUUCCGCGGCGAAAUCGAAGCCCAAGGGCGCGGCUCCUUGCAUCCGCAUGUUCUGGUCUGGUUACUAUGCGGUCAUUUGGAUGUUAUGGGACAGCUCGCAGAUCUUUUGAAGCACAACAAAGUGGAACUCCAACUACGUUUGAAGCAUUUUAUGCAAAUGGUAGUUGCCAGUUUCGAGUCUUUGUCGCAAGCCUCCGUGCAAGCGGCACCACGCCUCUUCGACGGCAACUCCAUGUCGAAGAGCGUUGGCAUCAGUCAAGUGGCCCGCAACUUGUCGAAGUACGACGGCGGCAGUGAUUUGAUCUUGCUGCGAGAAAUGCCGGAGCUGACAACCGAACAGCAGCAGUAUUUGGAGUCCGCUGCAGAAGCUGACUGGAGACGGCCGCUGUAUCGGCUGCGCAGUGUACUCUGCGCAGCCGAUACUGCGGACAUUGACGCCGCAGCGUGGCAGCUCGCAUUUGCAGAGGACUUGCAUAGUCUGAUGCCGACGCUGCUACGGCAUGCCUGCAGCGAAUCGUGCUACAAAUAUUCUGAUGCGAGCUCCGUGCGCUUCAAGAUCUGCAGGCAUGGCUUCUACCACGUGGUGAAUGUCUUCGAAGGUUGUCGUGUGCGACGCAAGGGCAAGGCAUUGCGUCCAAGCAUUCACAUUGGAUCAGAAGCAGAAGCUGAUUACGGCAUGCAAGGUCGCAUGCGCCCUAUUCAGCUGACGCCUUUCGAGUGUCAGACUUGUUAUGGCGGCUUGGUCGCCGGUCGUCACAACUUGGAUUUGCAAGAUAUGAGGCGUGUGCUUGAUCCUGCACUGUGGUUAGAUUCCGACGAGCAUUUGCCCCAUGUUGGCUUCACUGAUUCCUUGGGUUACAUGGCUUGGUAUGAAUGGAAUGGCAAAGCUUAUGAGGUUCGUUCUGACGCGCCGACUACUGCAGUGUCAUGGUUAAGUCGCAGAGAUUGGGCGCCAGACUUUCGAUCUGCUUGGCUGACGGCUCAUCAACAAUUCAUGGAGAAAGAAGGCGAGCCUGUCACCAGCGACGCACAAGAUGAGGACGCGCCAAUGCCGCCAGCAGAAGAGCAAGAACAAGAUGUGCGCAUGGCAAACGCGGAAGACACAGACGAUGCCACCGCUGAACUCACACGAGCCAUCCGCUGCGGCAUCAGUGAAGCAUUCUGUGAUGGCAUCAACAGCGGCUUCUACAUCAACAGCUAUACCACCAAGCCUGGACCUGGUUUAGCUGGUAUGUUGGAAGAGCUCCAAAAAGGCAUUGAGCGAUUGGAGAAUGAACGGCAGGAGCGCGAACAAGACCGUGAGAAGCAGGCAGAAGCUGCGCGCGCGGCUGGCGAGCAUGUUGCAGGCAGACGUGGUGUGCUUUUUGCCGAAACAUUGAAGACAUUGUCUCGCCUGUCGUCUUCCUAUCGUCGAUGUCAUUGGAAAAGUGCCAGUGAACUCAUCUUCCCUUUGUUGUUUCAGCACAUGACCUUUGCGUCGCAUCGCACCUGGAAGCUAUAUGUGAAAAAGGCAAUUUUUUUCGCUGUGGAAGCUUGGAGGCAGCAGUAUGGCGAGAGUGUUUUGCGACCGAAGGAGAAUCUGGAUGUUGCUUCUGAUCCAGUGGUGUUUCGUCGCGAUGGCCUUGAUCCAGUAACCUUGGUUGGUUGGAAGAAGGUUGCACGCGUAGACCAAGAAACUGGUGAGAGUGUCUAUGUUUAUGUUGGUCCUCAUGGGCAAAAUUGUGCUGAUUUGGACGAAGCAUUUGCUGUGUACGAUUCAUCGGUUGAUUUGGACAGAGGUGGUCCAGGGAAAAAGGCCCAACAAAAAUUGACAUUCACAGAAGAACUGUUAAAGAUUCACCAGGUGACAGAAACCGUGGCACGAGACGACACUGAAUCGGGUGAGGCCACCAACUUGAGAGCUUUGCAAGCUACUGGAGAAGAUGUUGCUGUUCUUGAGGGAUCAUCUUUGUUGAAGUCGUCGAGGCCGUUGGCAGUGACUACAAGCAGUCUGGAGGAUUAUCUGUUUCGUGGGUCACAUCCUUUGCUUGCAGGAUUGAGUUGGUCAACGUACGGUAUGUGGGUCUAUCGCAUUGAGCUGCCGCCGCGCGCAGAGCGGUCGGUUCGAGCAGCCAUACCUCGUUACGUUGAUGUGUACUUCGAUCCGGCAUACAAGUUGUACCAGACUCAUGCUCAACGCAUCAGCACAGAGCCUCGUGUUCCUAUGUUUGAAGGCUUCACAAUGCCUCCGUUGACUUUGGACUCUGAGCGCAACGCUAUGUACAAACAGGUGCAAUGUCGUCCUACUGCAAUCUUUGCCGACGAGAACGUCGAGCAGGAUGCAGAGACAUUGGUGUUGGAAGCUUUCAAGCAGUAUUCCACACCAAAAAAACGCGUCCCUGGAGAGGAUAUGUCGGAAACGGCUGCAGUUGCGUUCACUAGAUCAUUGCUUGAAUGGCAGGAUGACAUGAAACGAGAAGCAACGAUCGCCAGAUACCGCUUUGCUGCCCGUCAACAAUAUCCGUCUUUAUGGGAGACAGCUGAAAUGGUUGCUUUGCUGGAAGAGAAGUUGAGUUUGGCGACAGGCACCACAGUGACAACUCCAGACACAGACCCUGAUCGGUUGAAGCCACGGUGCACUGCAGCACAAUAUUCUUCUAUGUUGGCCGAAAGUCGUAUUGCGCAUCUGGAGGGAUUGGCGCGAGCCAGGCAACAGAAACCGAAGCGGCGCCGCGACACGGAUGCGCGGCUCUAUGAAGAGUACGUGAAGAUCACCACGGCUGGAGAGAAGGACGACGAUGAGGCUGCUGACAAUCCAGAGGAAGAGAUGGAAGUUAGUGUUGCGACAAAGCCAUCGGAAGUCUUUCAACCCAUCGUGUUCCAAGCGAACGCAGAAGAGCAGAAGAAACUGUUGCUGUUCGAAUGCCAAGGGCGACACAAUCAGUACACAAAAGAUUUUCUGGAGGAGGCGUGGAUCAAGAAUGAUUUGUUCGAAGCGGCUGCUAAGUGGAAGAGCUGCAGCAAACACGACCUGCAUGCCGUGUUUCAUGCAUUGAACAGCUUGUCACCAGACCGAAGAGCAGACGUCUUGGAUGGACCACGUACCGGAGCAGUCGCAGAAGAGGAAGCAGCGCCCAUGGACACGGGCGAGGACGACCGCCACGUCUUUUUGAAGAAAUGUUUACCUCGACUGCCUGCUGAUUGUGUUCGCUUCAGCCAGCAACGGGUUUACAGCAAGCCUUCUGACUUAGUGAAAGCUAUGAUUCAAGCAUUACCCGCCAACAGGCGCUUGAACGAGGACCAGGAAAUUUUCAUGAUGCGCUUUGCCGAGGUGCUCGACGUUGUCUACGAGCAAGAAGUCGCGGAGCAGCCGCCCGACAAGCGACAUGUCUACCACAUGCUCCUUCUGGGUCAAGGCGGCUCUGGCAAGACGCACAUCGUGCAGAAUAUCAUUUUUCCAGUUGUCCAUUUCAUUUGGCCAGCAGACAAUGAGGCAGAGACCCUGAUGGUUGUGGCCGCCAAGAAUGCGCAGGCCAAAAACAUCUCCACAGAGCAGGUGCGGGCAAGGACAUUACACGGAGCCGCGCUGCUCGGUGUCCAGUCCCUGACCAACAGCAACAUGGCGGCCGGCUCCAAGGAAAACGCGCUACAAAAACUCUGGGGCUCGGUUCGCGUGUUGGUCGUGGAGGAGAUCAGCAUGGUAUCUGCUUUGUUGUACAACAUGUUGGACUAUCGAGCGAUGCUGGGUCGUCGUGUCGUUUUCAAAGUGGACCGACACACCUACACAAAAACUGGUUGUGCUUUUGGUCGGGUGCCGAUUGUUCUGCACCUUGGUGAUUUCUUUCAGCUUCGUCCGACUGCGCAGUUGUCGUUGCUGGACGACUUGGAAGCGAAGGACGACGAUGGGAAUUAUGUCUAUCAGGACGUGCCAGCAGAGGUGCAGCACGCACAGCAACUUUUUGGCUCGAUUCCAGAUGUUUUCGAGCUCCGUGGCACAAUGCGAUUCAAACCUGGUGACCCUUUGAUUGACAUUUUGCAGCACAUGCGGUCUGGCAAACGCUUUCCCGAUUCGUUGUGGGCAAGGUUGCAGGAAAGGUUUGCGGUAGAUGUUUCUCCUGGUGUGCAAGAUGCACGGUUCGACGAAGCCAAGUUUCGCGAAGGAUACGGCAUGUCGAUUUACUGGGCCUCUCUGGGUCGCAUGAUGUGCCGCAGAGCGCUUAUGGAUGCUGUCCGCCUGGCACAUCCAUUAGUUUUGCUUCAGGCAGCUGAUGUGUGCAGUGACCUGGACAAGGAGACUGCUUUCCGCUUCUUGAACCGUCCGAAUCCCUACCGCACUGGUCAUAUGCAUGGAAUCUUUCCCUGUCAUGUCGGCAUGCAGGUGCGACUUAUCGCGAAGUUGGCUGCUGACAAAGGAAUGAUUCAAGACACCGUUGGCACCAUCAUGGAUUUUGAGUUUCACAGCCAAGAUCGCCGACGCUAUUCGCACUGCGCUGGUGGAGAUCUGUUUUCGCCACGGUAUUUGCCGUCAGGCAUUUGGCUGUCCAUUGAUGGUUUCCAGGGAUGUUCUGACUGGAUGAAUUUGAUGGACUUAUGCCGGCAACAUGUCCCAGAUGAUGCAACGGCCGAAAAGUUGGCUCGCAGCUUUUGGUUUUUGCCUGCGGAAGAAAUUGUCGUGAAAUUCUCCAGCACGCAGAAUUACCAGGUGCGCCGCUGUGGAUUCAGGAUGACGCACGCAAACUUCUUUACAAGCACAGGGUCGCAGGGUUUGACUUUGCGGAAAGGCACAGUGGUUGAUUGUGCGCGUUUGCCAGAGAUGGACGACGACAAUUGGUGGCUCCAUCUUUACGUCAUGUUCAGCCGCGUGACGGCUUUGGGUGAUUUAUUAUUGCUACGUCCACCGCCACGGGAUGUUCUCGAACGUGGGCCACCAGCAGCGAUCGCUGAGAAAGUUGCCGCAUUUCAGAAGCGAGCAGAAGAAUGUCGACAAGGGACAUUUUCUAAGUGCCAACGUCGCACUGAACCAUAG